AGAAAAAAAAAAUGCGAAUCGUAACUCGACUGACUUCCAACUCCGCCCCCAUUGUCCUCGCUGACCGGCCCCAGAUUCCCCCCGAAAUCAAACCCUAAUCCCCCCCUCGGACUCGAUUUCUCUCUGACCCUGAAUCUUAAACCUUUUGAUCCCCAAGAUUUGAUCUUCAUCCGCUAUCUCAAAUGGUUAGCAGUCAUGAGAGCCGAGCAGGGCAAGCUUGUUCUUGAUGACGAUGGAGAAUCUUUGGGGGGAUUCCCUUUAUCCGUUCCUUGCCGCUUACUCGCCGCCGCAAUGGGCGACGGCGAUCGCCGGAGUUUUUGUAGUAGUCUCGCUGUCGCUGUCCACGCACCUCUUGUUUCAACACCUCUCCGCUUACAAGAAUCCUGAGGAGCAGAAGUUUCUGGUUGGUGUUAUCUUGAUGGUCCCUUGCUAUGCCAUUGAAUCGUACGUGUCAUUGGCGAAACCUUCAUUUAGUGUUGACUGUGGUAUACUCCGUGAUUGCUACGAGUCAUUUGCCAUGUAUUGUUUUGGAAGAUAUCUAGUUGCUUGCUUGGGUGGGGAAGAGAGGACAAUCGAGUUUAUGAAGAGGGAGGGUGGUUCAAGUUCUAGUGCACCUCUACUUCCACAAGCUUCUGAAAAGGGUGUUAUCAAGCAUCCAUUUCCCAUGAAAUAUUUUUUAAAACCAUGGAGACUGGGUGAAUGGUUUUACCUGGUUAUCAAGUUUGGGAUUAUUCAAUAUAUGAUAAUAAAGACAGUGUGUGCCAUAUCAUCUGUGUUUCUUGAAGCUUUUGGUGUAUAUUGUGAAGGAGAGUUUAAGUGGAACUGUGGGUAUCCCUACAUGGCUGUGGUUCUCAAUUUCAGUCAGACAUGGGCCCUGUACUGUCUAGUUCAGUUCUAUACUGCUACCAAGGAUGAAUUGGCGCAUAUAAAACCAUUGGCUAAAUUCUUAGUCUUCAAAUCAAUAGUCUUUCUCACUUGGUGGCAAGGCGUGGCAAUUGCACUACUUGAUACCUUGGGUUUGUUCAAGAGCCCUAUAGCUCAAGGUUUACAAUUCAAAACUAGUGUUCAAGAUUUCAUCAUCUGUAUAGAGAUGGGUGUUGCCUCUAUCGUUCACCUCUAUGUAUUCCCUUCCAAGCCUUACGAGCUAAUGGGCGAUAUCUUUCCGGGAAAUGUUUCAAUUCUUGGAGACUAUGUAUCUGCAGACCCUUUAGAUCCUGAUGAGGUUAGGGACAUUGAACGGCCCACAAAGCUGAGACUUCCUCAGCCUGAUGUUGACUCCAAGAGUGGAAUGACCAUCAGAGAAAGUGUUCGAGAUGUUGUUCUUGGUGGUGGGGAAUAUAUUGUAAACGAUUUGAAGUUCACCGUGACCCACGCAGUAGAGCCCAUGGAGAAGGGUUUCACACGAUUCAACGAGAAGCUCCACAAGAUCUCUGAGAACAUAAAAAAGCAUGACAAGGAGAAGAAAAGAACAAAGGAUGACAGCUGCAUCGGUUCAUCAUCACCUACGAGGAGAGUAAUUCGUGGUAUAGAUGACCCCCUCCUCAAUGGAAGCUUUAGCGACAGCGGGGCUACCAGAGGAAGGAGACAUCGAAAGAAGUCGGGGUACACAAGCGCAGAAAGUGGAGGAGAGAGCAGUAGUGAUCAAGGCCAUGGUGGCUUUGAGAUCAGAGGACGAAGGUGGAUUACCAAGGACUGAAGAUUUAAGAAAAUAGUACAAUUUUUCUUCAGGAGGAUGAAGGACGAUCACACUGUACACGGGUUUUCAAGUGGAGUUGUGUAUAUAUGUUGAAAUGGUUAAGAAACCCGCAUGCGUUAAUGAAGCAUUCAGUGGGGUGAUCCAGGCUUUAUUCACAGGUCUGUCUGAUAUAGAUUCAUCUUCACAAGGGAAAUGGUCUUCUGUAUAUCAAAUUCCUAUGUAAUUUGCAAAAAGCAGAUGCACAUAUGAUGAUCAACUGUCAUAAAAUUACUUGAAAUGCAGGUGCCAUUGGCUUGCAUAUAUUCGAAGUCUGUUUGUAUGGGAUUUACUCGGAUCAGUGCGUGUUUUGUU